AUGCCUAACACGAGCUUAACACAACAGACUUUUUCCUUGAAUGAAACACUGCCGGAAGCCUCCAAGAGACUCCACUCCAUUCUGAUAGUACUGUACAGCAUUGACCUGGCUGGCGGCACUCUUGGGGUCAUCGUGAUGUCCCAUCACUUGUUUCAAAGGAGAUCGCAGUCUGGGAUGACCAUUAUUGUCAUCAACCUCCUGGUGCUGCACACCCUCCUGCUACUCAGCAUCCCCUUCCGCCUCAGCUAUUACGUUUUACGUGAGUGGAAAUUCGGGAUGUUUGCCUGCAGGCUAGUGAGCGCCAUGAUCUAUCUCCAUAUGUACACCACCUUCACUUUUUACAUUGCUAUCAUCAUAAUACGCCUCUUCCAAUUAGAGUUUAAGAAGUGCUACACUACAACUUGGGUGACUUCUGUCUGGCUGGUGGGAGCACUGGUGAUCUCACCUGUUUUUCUCUCUUAUUACGGCACCUCUAAAACAUACAAUUCCUCUGAAUGCUUUCAGUUCCACCAGGAGAUACAGGAGACAUCCAUGGUGAUAGUAAACUAUUGCUUUGUUGGAAUUUUGGUGGCGGUUUGCACCGUGCUCACCACAGUCCAGUUAUCUGUGAUCUAUAGACUGGCUGUGAAAUACUGGCCUGACAUCUACUCCCAUGUUGAAUUCAGGGCUCAAGUAAAGAGUUUCUUCUUUAUCUUGGUAACAUUAGUGUGCUUUAUGCCUCAUCAUGUUUUCAGAAUAUAUUACAUCCAAAACUACAACCUGGAUAAAGACCAUGAACUAGUCUCAUACAAUGAAAUUUUUUUAGCGUUAACAACAAUGUGCUGCUUGGAUAUGUUGUGCUUCAUAGCAGGAAUAGCCCAUUGA